AUGGCUGCUUGGGAAAAUGAUGUCAAAGGCAGUGCUAGAAAGAUCACACAUCGAAGGAAAAAAGGAAAGUUUACAGAGCAACAGAAAAGCAUUAUGGAAAAAUGCUUUGACAAAGGGGAACAAGACAAGAAAAAUCGGUACACCACUUCAUCCUGCCAGAAAUUGAUGUCAGAUAAAUUGGGACAGUGCUUCACUCUAACAGAAAACCAAAUUGCAAGUUAUUGGAGCAAUUACCGGAAAAGAAAAAGGGAAGGUUCAAAAGAAAAACAGAACAAAAAACAAAAGCUAAAUUAGGUGAAUGUCUUCCCAGAAAUAUUUACAAGCAUUUUAGUCUGCCUCAGAAAAAUCAGUUUUAAAUAUGUAAGGUGAAAGGGGACUGAAAUAUUUGGUUACAGCAUCUCUGCAUUUCUACAGUGUAUAUGGAAUGCAUACAGUUUUGUGUCUUUGGUCAUCAUGACAUCAUCUGAAAUAGUUUUUGGUAGCAAGACUUCAUCACUUCAGCUGCCAAAUACUAUUUCAGAUUAUGAAGACACAACAUGCUGUGCCUCUUUAUCAUCCAAAAUAGUUUUCAGAAGCAGUCAACACUCUAGAAGAAAAUUAUAGCAGAAAACCACAAGCCAUAAAACGUAAUUGAUAUUGAAUAUAUACUAGUGUAUGCCAGUAUUAAAACAGUGCUUGUAAAUAUUCCUGGUCUUCACAGAAAUGUUAUGAAUGAGCAAACAUUUAUUCAAUAAAAAAGUCAUAAGAGAAUGUAAACUGUUUUAAAAUUUGCUUACUACAGUUACAGUAAUAACCUAGGACCGAUCUAGAUCAGUCCAGCUGUAGCGUAAACACACUAGGACUGACCUAAGACAGCAAUGGAUUUACUGGGGGUAUGGGGGUGCAAAUUUCCAUGUCAAGUCCAAAUGCUGGAUUUGCCAGGUUAUAAACAACACAAUAUUGGGCUAUUUGGAGGUCAGUGAUGAUGUGCCCUUGAUGGUUACACCCAGUUUUAUGAACGGCUCCCGCUUAGCUCCCCCCCUGCCAGGUCAGGCUGGAUCCAUCCCUGACCUAGGACAGACCUAUGUCCAUGUUUUCAGGCCAAGCAUUAGUGGUGGCCUGAAAACAUAGUCUAAGGUCAGUCCUAGGUAAGCCUCGGGCAUGCCUGUAGUGGAAACACAUUUUCACUGACCCAAGAUGAGCUCGAGGCUAAUUUCCAUGACAGUAAACAUAAAUUAGAAUCUUUGAUGUCAGCACUCAAUGGAUGUCAUUUUCUUGUUUGUACAGUAAUUCACUUUGCAUAACAUAUAAUGGCCAAUUCAAUGGGACAUAGGCCUUCAGGUAAGGCCUAAAGCGUGGCCAGGUACUUCUCAGUUACUGGUAAAUGUCAGUCCCUGGGUGUAAACAUAGCUUCAAAGUGAAAUUUCUUUUCAGCGUUCACUCUCGAAUCACUUCAAAUUUGAGUUGGAUGCAGUUUGCAGAAUCAGAAUGCAUUUCAAGUGUAUUUUAAGAUUGAGAAAUACAUCCACAGCCAUGAAAGCUUAUAUAGCAGAAGGCAAAUGUUGCACUGUAUUAGAGUGAUCAGUGCAAUAUGGCUUUUUUUCAAAGUGAAAUUUCUUUUCGGCGUUCACUCUCGAAUCACUUCCAUAUGUACGGUCACUUGUUUGGUGAAAGAAAACUAUUUAUAUUUAAAGGUACAUAUUUUAAAUCAGUACAUAUAUAUGUGCAUAUGUAAUAAACGAUUCUUUCAGAAACGCUUGUCUAUAUUAUCCACUAUACUAUUUGCUGUUUCUUUGUAUAAAAUUUGUAUAUCAAUCAGGUUUAAAAAUAUACAAGUUCGAGCUUCGAACAUUCUUAGUACUAUGCUUGUGUGAUGUUACUCUGAGUGUACAUCCACACCGGGCGGGCUUGAAAUAUAUGCCUGGUCAUGGUGGGAUUCGAACCUACAACCUUUGGAAUACUAGUCCAAUGCUCCGCCAACUGAGUUAUGUGGUCUGGUCGGUUUGAGUAUGCAAUAUUUCGGAACUAAGUAUAGCACCUUCAAUAUCAGUGUAAUCUAAUAAUCAUGAAAUUUGCUGUGUUGGUGUAAUGUACUCAGGUGAAUAAGAUGCUUGGGCUAGUAUUCCAAAGGUCACAGGUUCGAAUCCCACCGUGGCCAGGCAUAUUUUUCAAGCCCGCCCGGUGUGGAUGUACAUUCAGAGUAACAUCACACAAGCAUCUUAUUCACCUGAGUACAUUAUACCAACACAGCAAAUUUCAUGAUUAUUAGAUUACACUGAUAUUGAAAGAGCUAAACUCAGUUCCGAAAUAUCGCAUACUCGAACCGACCUGACAGCGUAGCUCAGUUGGCAGAGCAUUGGGCUAGUAUUCCAAAGGUCAUAGGUUCAAAUCCCACUGUGGCCAGGCAUAUUUUUCAAGCCCGCUCGGUGUGGAUGUACACUCAGAGUAACAUCACACAAGCAUCUUAUUCACCUGAGUACAUUACAGCAGCACAGCAAAAUUCUUAGUACUACAUUACAUGUAGGUUUAUAACGGUUUGAUAAUCAUAUAUCACCAGUACUUAGUGUAUUUAAGUAUCUUGCCCAUGAGCCCUAGCAUGAACCUCUCUGAACGAUCGAAUGCAAUAAUAGCUCAUGAUUAAGAUGAGAACAACCUUACCAUCAUCAUAAGCAGUUAUUUACUGAUUUGUGAUGUAAUUUAUGUUGUUUGUGUAUCCUAGCUUAUAGUUCUAGUAGAAUUCCCCCCAAUAAGCAAUGCAUAAUCAGCAAAAUGUUGAGAGUCACAAGCAAAAUGUUGAGAGUCACCAAAUGUCAUCUUUCAAUCUAACUGAUCCAUAAACGACAAGAGUCUUCUUUACUGGGCUCGUAUAUAUACGUAAUAUUUCAAAUCCGACUAUGAGGACUGGACUAGAUUUCAACUCCAUGCAAUUUCAUCAAGUCCGAGGCGAAGCCGAGUAAUAGAUCAAAAUUCGAGGACUUGAAAUCUACUCCAGUCCGAAUUGGAGGAUUUGAAAUGACGUAUUAUGCGAAUAAACCACUAUUUAAUUAAUUUUGAUCCAGUCCAAAGACUGAAUUAAAUUUGAUCCAGUCCUAGGACUGAAUCAAUGGGCUACAUCAGGUAUCCAGUAUUAUCAUGUGAUCAAAAUAAAGCAAUAUGGUUGAUUACAUUUACUUCAUGAAUUAUUAAUGAUUUUGAGAUCUAUGAUUAGAAGCUAUUUUAAAUCCCAGGAGCAUAAAAUCUUGUGCUGAACAACAAUAGUUUAUUUUUUUUAUUUGUUUGCGGGUUUGUAUUCCUCUCGUUCAAUGUUCAACAGGAAUUCAGUUACUCAAUUGUCAGGACCAACUCCAUUCACAUAUAAAAUCGUGAUCAUACAGGAUGUGUCAAAAAUCUGCAAACCCUUUGAAAUAGGUCUGAAUAAUUCUUGCUGUCAUGCGAAAGCCGAAUCCAAUAAUUGUUUUAUUAUACAUUUAAAGACAUGAAAAAUGUAUAAAACGAUUAAACGAAGUUUAUUAAUGUUUCAAGUAUAUUUAUUUUAUUUUCGGGCGCUUUUGGGUUUGAGUUGUUGGCUAUGCCCGGGCUUGGGCACGACAGCGUCCAAUAAUGUAUUUUUAUGUUUUUUUUAUGUAAGUUCGAUAAAAAAACAAACUAUUAUGGACGCUGAGCACGUCAGCAGCUGAAAUUACGUAAUAAGUACCGAAUAUUGAGAAUUAUCUGGUGUUCUCUGUCAAAUCGGGAACAAGAAUACAGUACAUACUAAAUGUGUAUGUAAUAAUGAAUGUUAUUGUUUAAUGUAAGGCAUGAAAUAUAUGCAUGAAUGCAGGCAAACGAAAUCAAAAUUUGAAUACUUUGAAGCUAGUGGAAUGUCGUUGAACAUACAUGUAUACUCUCCAAAGGUAAAACCAAUUAUAAAAUAACAUGAAUAUAACGCGUGUUCUGAUUGGUCGAAACCUGUGUUUGGAUCAGGUCAUCCAAACGGAAAUUUAAAGUGCCUUCGCUGGAAUUUUAAACUUUGUUGUUAUUUUAUAAAAACAAAUACUUUAUGGUUCCCGUGUUUGGAUGGCCUGAUCCAAACACUUGGGAAUGUUUCUUGAGUUAAGAAAAGCGUGCAAAAUCACUCGCCUUCGGCUCGUGUUUUGCACGCUUUUCUUAACUCUCGUAACAUUCCCGCGUGUUUGGAUUAGGCCAUCCAAACACAGAAACCAUAAAGUAAUUGUAUAAUACUGAUUUUUUAACUGAGAACACUAUAGACGUACCCAUAUUGGAAAAUAUACUAAGGAGCCUGACACAGAUAUACUUGCAUAUAAUUAUAUCUAUGCCAACCAUGCAAUUACCGUUUUACCAUCAAUAAUCCCUCAUAUACCGUAUUCUCUUGAUUUAGCCCUCUCUGUAAUAAGUCCACUCAAAAGGGCCUGAAAAUUAUUACAUUUUUAUUUGCAUCCAAUUGCAUGGUUUUUCCUUUGUUUGUAAUUUCCUUUAAAACUCAUUAGACAAUGUUCUUUUUACGGGUUUUUUUCAUAAUAACCGCGGGUAUGCGGUUUUUAUUUUCCGUAAUAAUCUGGUAUUUGGGAUUCAAGGUUAUUACGGAAAAUAAAAGCCACUUACCUGCAGUUAUUAUGGAAAAAUAAAAACCUCUCAAGAACAAAAAAAUAUGGUCUACUGAGUAUAUACAGCUAUUUCAAUUAAGGUUGUCCCCGAGCAAAGCAGAAAAGUCUGCGGCCCUCUGUCUUCACACUUGAAUAAAAACCUCGCCCUCAUACUUUAACCUGUAUAUAUAAUACAUCACUUUUGCUCCCAUUUGUUUGCAUGUUCACACAAUGUCUCACACCAUCACAGGUCUGAUUAUGUAUCUAUAAUAGUGUCAGUGAAACGUACUGAAAUCAGUGGUUCUAUUACAGCAAAGGAAUUAAAAGCAGAGGGGGCUAGUGCUGGUGAGAUUCAGAAGCAGGGAAGCCUUGCAUACCAAUCCUUAUUACCAGAUUCCAAGGAGAAAUACAUUCAGCUGGCUGCUUCGUCUAAUGAUCCCUCGGCCCAAUCAAGUGAAAUUUCCAAAGAAAAGAAGAUAAAAAGAGUAAUUAAAAAUAUAGAUGCCAAUGUAAGUUAAUCUUCAGUUGAUGAAAAAAGAAGUGUUUUAUGUUUAGCUUGGGUUUAACCCACCACUUGCAGUAACAAGUUAAGAUUUUCCAUAACCCGCAUUAACAACGGAAUUAAGUUAUAAAAACAAAAAUUCUGUGUGCAAAAAUCAAUCAAUUCACUCAUGUUUAUAAGUUCAAUGCGCCUUACAAGCUUUAUAAUUAUCAAAUGAUUGACUUUUGGAUAUUGCAAGAAAUUUUUAUAAUGAGUAUAGUAUAUAUAAAGUAUAAUUAUAAAGCCCAAUGAUUUCAUUUUGCAGAUCAAACAACUGGACGAUCUUGGCUGUCCAUCCAUUUGGCUGGGAUAUGGUGCCAGAGUUCCUCAGCGACUAUUUUCCCCUCAAAUGAGUGAACUUGCUGAAGAUGGCCUAUUUACAAACUAUGUUGUGUCAGAUAUGAUAAAAAAAUGGUAA